AUGUCAUAUCUUCCCUUGUAUUGUCGAGGCAAACUGUUUUCAUCUUUGCAGCAUCCUCAAAAAGUACUGAACAACCUCUAUGCUCUAUGGGAAGAGGAACUACUUUGUGAUGUUUUACUUCACUCAGAGGACCGUGAGAGAACUGUACGUGCGCACAAAGCCGUUCUUGCUGCUUGCAGUAGCUUCUUCCGAAAACUAUUUUCCACGCCAGACGCUAAAGAACGUAACCCCAUAACGUGUACAUUUGAAGACGUGUGCCAUGAAGUUUUGGAAGCAACUGUGGAAUACAUGUAUACAGGUCAUAUACAGAUCACGCGAGAUACUUCGUAUGAAAUACAUGAGUUGGCCACAUUUCUGGACUUAAAACCAAUCCUUGCGUUUUUUGAAAAAACACCGAAACGAUUCUAUCAUCCGAAAGAAUUCAAGUGUUCGACACAUCAUUUGGACUUGCUGGAAGGGUUGUAUGUGAUGCGGAAGGAUACCAUCUGCUGUGAUGUGGUUGUGGUGUCGGAGUGCGUCAAAAUCCCUGCGCACAAAAUAGUUCUAGCUGCGGCAUCGGACUAUUUCCACGCCAUGUUCGCUUCGGGCAUGCGCGAAACGCACGAUAAACAGAUCUGGCUACGAGAUAUGGAACCUGCCAUGCUGAAAGACGUCAUAGACUUCGUGUACUCUUCGUGCAUUCCACUAGAAGUGCAAAACAUUCAAGAUAUCAUCAACAUCGCACACGUUCUUCAAUGCAAGGGGGUUGUUGACGUCUGCUGUAACUUUCUGUCCGAAAACAUCGACAUUGAAAACUGUGCAGACCUUGACGAACUUGCACAGUUCUAUGGCAUACAGGAACUACAAGAUGUGGUUGACGACUUCGUUCUACGAAACUUUCAAACGAUGUUGGACACAGAGUAUUUUGCUGAGUUACCUGCAGAAAGAGUUGCCAAACUCCUGGAGAGUAACGCUUUGCAAGUGAAUUCCGAGGAGGAAGUAUUUGACGUUGUUCGCUGGUGGAUCUCCCGGAGCCCUGAAAGAAAAGAGUAUGGAAGGAUGCUGCUAGAAAAAGUCAGAUUGACGUUGAUUCGUCGAAGAGGUUUAGAUGACACAAUGAAAUGGUUUGUAGAGGACAUGGGUUGCAAAGACUUGUGGGAAGACAUGAAGAAGUAUGACGAGGAACUUCAUUCGCAGCCGCUGAUUCAACAGAGGAAAACUGAAGUGCGGUCGGAAUUUACGACGGUGGUGGCUUUUGGGGGAAGGGAGUCGCACUUAGAUCAGCCGUCAGAAGAUGUCUACUUUCUGAACCCAUAUCUAGGAGACUGGCAACUAUUAACAAGUCUCUCCCUCUCAGUCUUCCCCUCAUGA